AAUAUAUAUGAACAGAGAUCCAUAUAUAAGUAUAAAGCAUCGAUACAGGAGAGAUGCUCAGUGCUCUGUACUGUGCUAUGUGCCCAGGAAUUGUCCGUUCUCUCUUUUUCCCAUUAUUAAGCAUCAAUUUUUGUUCCUCUGCCAUUAAUAUUAUUCCCAAACAGAAGAAAAUUUUCGAUAUUUACCGACAGAAUACAUAUAUCGUUUUUAUAUGUAUGUAUCGUCAUCUUCCAAGUGCUAGCAAGAGUUGUACAUACACUUAGUUGUUUACAUUUUGUGUCUGUGUGUGAAUCCCAUAAGAUCAUUUUGAUUCAAGCACAAAAAACUGACAAGAAGGUAGAAAAAAGGAGAAAUUUGUACGCGUGAAAAUGGGGUGUGCACAAUCAAGAAUAGACAAUGAAGAAUCAGUGUCAAGAUGCAAAGAAAGAAGGAAUCUGAUGAGAGAGGCUGUUUCUGUAAGAAAUGCAUUUGCGUCGGCUCAGUCGGGCUACGCCGUAUCCCUCAAAAACAUUGGCGCUGCCUUGAGCGAUUACGGUACCGGCGAGGUGCCCCCGCCGCCACCAGCUAUAGCGGUGGGCCCUGGAGACCCAGCUGUUACGGAGCGACCGCCGCCGCCGCCGCCGUUGCCUCCUUCUGUGAUGGAGUCCAGUCUGCCUCCUCCUCCGCCACUCCCGACCUUUUCCCCUCUCCCGCCCAUUCAGCGUUCCAUGACCAUGCCUGCUGCGCUUUCUCACUCGGAGAAAAUGAAGGGUAUUGUCAUUGAUGAGAGUGAUGAAGAAGAAGAGGAAGAAGAGAAAGGAGGGCUUAAUAGAAGGAAAAAAGGGGUUGAGGAGAUGGGCCCCGAAACCCCAAUAAGAACCCCUAAUCCGCCCCCGCCACCGGACCUUAAAGGCGUGGCCUGGGAUUAUUUUUUCAUGGGGGACAAUAUGCCCGGUCAGUCAUUGGAGGAGGUGGAGGAAGAAGACGACGAGAAGCAUUAUAUGGAAGGACAAAAGGGCAAUGAAAAUGGGAAUUUCGACGAGGUGGGUAACAUUAACAUGGAGUUCAAGACGCCGGAGAAAAAUGUGGGAUUCCCUGGAGUUGAGGAGUUUAAGACACCUGAGGAGACGACGGUGACUGAGGCAAAGGAGAAGCAAUUCUUGCAUUCAAACACAGCGCCACCUGUGAUGAGUGGAGGAGGGAUUAGUGGUGGGAAUAUGGUAGGAAAUAAAAAUAGUGUGGAUUUGUCAAAGAUUUUGGGUGAGAUUGAUGAUCAUUUCCUCAAGGCUUCCCAAAGUGCACAAGAGGUGUCGAAGAUGCUGGAGGCCACCCGCUUGCAUUACCAUUCUAAUUUUGCUGAUAAUAGAGGGCACAUUGACCAUGCAGCGAGGGUAAUGCAAGUAAUUACAUGGAACAAGUCUUUCAGAGGCAUACCAAAUGGUGAUGGCACUAAGGAUAACUUGGAUGCAGACGAUUAUGAGACGCAUGCCACUGUCUUGGAUAAAUUGCUAGCAUGGGAGAAAAAGCUAUAUGAAGAAGUGAAGGCUGGUGAGCUUAUGAAACUCGAGUAUCAGAGGAAAGUUUCAGCGUUGAACAAGCUGAAAAAACGUAAUGCUAGUACAGAACAGUUGGAGAAAGCAAAAGCUGCUGUUAGUCAUUUGCAUACACGGUAUAUAGUCGACUGGCAAUCUUUGGAUUCAACUGUUUCGGAAGUCAAUGAUAUACGCGACAAGCAGUUGUAUCCAAAACUUGUUGCUCUCAUUCACGGGAUGGCAAAGAUGUGGAAAUCCAUGUGCACACAUCACGACAGCCAGCUGAACAUUGUUGCCGAACUCAAACCCCUUGAAAUUUCGGGAACUCCCAUUGAAACGAGCAAAAAUCAUCACGAGCAUACACUCCAGCUUUGGAAUGUUGUCCAGGAAUGGCAAUCGCAAUUUGAAAAGCUCGUUACUAAUCAAAGACAAUACAUCCAAGCCCUUAAUAGCUGGUUGAAGUUAAAUCUUAUCCCGAUUGAGAGCAGCAUAAAAGAAAAAAUCUCUUCACCCCCAAGAGUUCAGAACCCUCCAAUCCACCCUCUCCUACAUUCUUGGCACGACCAACUCGAAAAGCUUCCGAAUGAGGUUGUCAAAAGCGCAAUUUCCUCCUUUGCUGCUGUCAUAAAGUCCAUUAUUGACCAUCAGGAGGAAGAAAUGAAGCUAAAGGAGAAGUUUGAAGAAACCAGAAAAGAGUACAUGCGCAAGAACCAGGCAUUCCAAGAAUGGUAUCAGAAGUACAGCAUGCAGCACAGAACCCCAGACGAGAAUGACCCGGAGAAAUCCGUGGGCUCCAACACGAAGGACCCCCUUUUGGAGAAACAGUUUGUGGUAGAAAGCUUGAAAAAGAGGUUGGAAGAGGAAAUGGAAGAUCAUCGGAAGCUCUGUAUUCAAGUGAGGGACAAGUCGCUUGGGAGUUUAAAAAUCCGGCUGCCUGAGUUUUUCCGAGCCAUGUCUGACUAUGCUCAUACUUGUUUUGAUUCUUAUGAGAGACUGAGAAUGCUUGUUCAUUCGCAGAAUCAUGCGAACCGGGGUUCAUAGAGCUGGUUUCGGUUUCCCAUUACAUGGUGGACGACUUGUUCAUGGCGGAUUAGUUUUUUUUUUUUUUUUUUAUCUUCCAAGCGUGUGCGACUCAAGGGAGAAGAUUUUUCUAGCUUGUUGUGUACUCCCAUUUAUAGUUUUCACUUGUUAAUCCUGUCUUUGAUUUAACUUAUUUGGUGGCUGGAUGGCAAUGGAAAGGGCUACUCUUUUCGGAU